AAGUUUAUUUGAUAUCUUCUUCUUCGCUUGAUUUUCUAACCCUAAUAAACAACCCCUGAUUUCUCUCAAGCCAGCAUCUCCUCUUCAUCCCUCCUCUCCAAUCAUUCGAAUCGAAUCAAUCGCCAUGGCUGCUUCCUCCGCGACUCUCUCCAUCUCUGGUGGAUCUUGUUUGAAGUUGAGUGGUCUUCAGUCUGAGAAGCUUGAAGCAUUUGGCGGCCGCCGUUCACAACUUGUGGUUCGUCAGAGCUCGAAGAAGAACAAUCCAGGAAGGUUGUCUGUCCGCUCUGAAUACAGCAAUGGCUCCAGUGGUGGAAGUGGUGAUUUUUUUGCUGGUUUCCUCUUAGGAGGAGCAAUUUGUGGAACAUUGGCAUAUGUCUUCGCACCUCAGAUCCGAAGGUCACUGCUGAAUGAAGAUGAAUCUGGAUUUCGGAGGGCAAAGAGACCCGUCUAUUAUGAUGAAGGUUUAGAGAAGACUCGCCAGACACUGAAUGCAAAGAUCAGUCAACUUAACUCGGCCAUUGACAAUGUCUCUUCACGCUUGAGAGGUGGUGGGAACAACCCCGUGCCAGAACCUGUUGAAGCUGACCCUGAAGUGGGAGCCACAAUGUAACUGCGGUCAUGAGCAGUUCAAUUUUCAAAUUUCAUGGACAUCAAUUUACAUCACAUGUAAAAGUUUUCCUGCAAAUCUUCAUUGUUGGAGUUGCAUGUCAGGGCUUUUCCUUGCUGUGAUAUUUGCAAUCUAAACAGUUUUUUCCAGUUAGUUAAAGAUGCGUGGAUAAUCUUUUGAAUU